GUGGAUUGUGGGUAAUCUGUCCGUCGUCUAGGUCUAGCCUAGAAAUCUUGGCCGUCUGUUACCGAAGCAAAAGGCAAAACAGCAAUUCGUGGCCUUUUUUGAACAACACCGGUAGAAGGAGAGAUUCAGGAGCCAUGAAAGGAGUCCGGUCUCUGAAUAAUUUCUCGAAAUGCAGCUAUGCUGCUGCCAGAAGGGGUCAAACUCUCUCUGAACCCCUUUCAAGCCUAAAACCUGCCCGAACGGCACCUUUUCCUCCACAGAAUGUCCAAGUGUCGAAACUCCCAAACGGGCUGGUAAUCGCGUCCCUGGAGAACUAUUCCCCUUUGUCGAGCAUUGGUGUGUUUGUGAAAGCUGGAAGUCGCUUCGAGACCUCCGAAAACCUGGGUGUUUCUCACGUGUUACGACUGGCAGCAAACCUGACAACAAAGGGAGCAUCUGCCUUUAAGAUCUGUCACAGUGUGGAAGCCUUGGGAGGAAGCCUGAGUGUGACGGGAUCCAGAGAGACCAUGGUCUACACUGCAGACUGUCUGAGAGAUGAUCUAGAGCCGCUCCUAGAGUUUCUGGUCAACGUGACGACGGCGCAGGAGUUUCGACCAUGGGAAGUGAAUGAACUGACGCCCAGGGUGAAGAUUGACAAGGCUUUGGUUCAGCAAUGUCCUCAGAUGAAUGUAAUGGAGAUGUUGCAUGAAGCAGCGUACAAAAACGCCCUGUCCAACUCCUUGUACUGUCCUGACUUCAUGGUUGGUCGGAUCUCCUCUGAACAGCUACACUCCUUUGUUGAGGAUAAUUUCACCUCUGGCAGAAUGGCUCUUGUAGGUCUAGGUGUGAAUCACUCCAUCCUGAAGCAGGUGGGCGAGGGUCUUCUGGGAGCUCGCAGUGGAGCUAGAGCUCCUGUGACUAAAGCAGUGUACCGUGGAGGUGAGCUGCGACUGAAGAACAGCGAUGACCUGGUCCACGCGCUGAUCGUCAGUGAGGGCAGUGUGACGGGUAGUGCCGAGGCCAAUGCCUUCACUGUUUUGCAAAGGAUCCUGGGAGCUGGUCCAUAUGUGAAACGUGGCUCUGGCCCCUCCAGUAAACUGAGCCAGGGUAUUGCUAAAGCCACCACACAACCAUUUGAUGCAACUGCUUUCAAUGCCUCGUACUCUGACUCUGGUUUGUUUGGCAUCUAUACGAUCGCACAAGCGCAUUCUGCUGGAGAGGUGAUCAAAGCAGCUGUUGCCCAGGUGAACAAUGUAGCAGCAGGAAGCAUAUCAGAGGCUGACCUCGUCAGAUCAAAAAACCAGGUGAAAGCUGAGUGUCUGAUGUCGAUGGAGACCUCUGAGUGUCUGUUGGGAGAGAUCGGAGCUCAGGUUCUGACCACUGCAGCUUAUCAGGCCCCUGAAUCUGUGCUCCAGGCUAUAGAUGCAGUCACUAAGGAUGAUGUGAUGAAGGCAGCAAAAAAGUUUGUGGAUGGCAAAAAGACCAUGGCAGCUAGUGGACAUCUUGUUAACACACCAUUUGUAGAUGAAUUAUGAAUCUGUCUUAUUUUAACUGGUUUUCUGUGACUAUCAGAGUUAAAAAGCAAGCUACAGAAAUCAAAUACAUCGCUCUUUCCUUGCUUUAGUUGUGUAUCAAUGUAAAAUAAAGUCAUUUCAUUUCUCAUUUAUUCCGAUCCCCAUUAGCUGUAACUUGUACAGCUACUCUUCCUGGAGUCGAUGUAAUUCAAUACAAAAUUUUUACAUGUAUAAUAAUGACUGUAAAUUUGAUCUGAUGGGUGUGAGGUCUAACAUGGUCACAUUGGUGCAAUAAGAUCCUUCAUCCAUUGAAGAGCAUCUGCAUGAAGGGGCUGUUUGGUCCAUCAGCCAGUGGGGGGACCCAAAUGCAAAUGUAAAUGUUAAAUCUUAAGGCGUUUAGAGCUAAAAGUUGUUGAAACCAGAUUUUGUGCAGCUGUGCUUGUGGUUGUUUAGUCGGCAGGUUUAACAGCUGUAAACCAAGCUUUUGGUUAACAUCAACGUCACUAAAAUGUACAUAAAUAACGGCAAUAAAAUCAUUAUAUGUUGAA